AUGCAGUAUCCCACCGCACAAUUCCUCACCGCGCUGCUGGCCAUCACGCCACUCGCGGAUGCGUUCACCUGCAGGCCGGGACGAACCUACUGCGGCUACCAUCUAAUGGCGGGAGGCAUAACGGAGGGCCAGCUGAGCUCGGUGCUGAAGCGAAACGUCCUGAGCGCAAACGACUUGAGCAAGCGCGAGAACGACGUGCGCCAGAUGCUGUUCGUCUGCGAGGACGGCGGCGCGUUUCGCUUCAAGCAGGUCUGUCCGACCCGUUGCGGGACGCGCAUCGGAGCGGCAGGGGAUGUUUGUAUGUGA